GUGAGUGGUUGUAGUAACAGCGCGCGUGGCCCUGUAGGUUCCGGUAGGUUCACGGAAGCACGUGGCACCUCCACUGCCAAUCACAGAAACGGGCGGAUCCACUGCUGAACUAAAGAGCUGCAGUUGAGUUCUUGCGUGCUACGUCAUCGGCAGCCCUUAGUAACACGGAGGCGUCUCGAGGAGGCACAAUCACAACAUGGGUUUACUAUCAAUUCUGCGAAAGCUAAAAAGUACUCCGGACCAGGAGGUCCGCAUUUUGCUUCUUGGGUUGGACAACGGUGGCAAAACCACUCUGCUCAAACAGCUGGCCUCAGAGGAUAUUAGCCACAUUACACCCACACAGGGUUUCAACAUAAAAAGUGUGCAGUCUCAGGGUUUCAAACUGAAUGUGUGGGACAUCGGCGGGCAACGUAAGAUCAGGCCUUAUUGGAGGAACUACUUUGAAAAUACAGAUCUACUGAUUUAUGUUAUUGACAGUGCAGAUCGCAAAAGAUUUGAAGAAACGGGGCAGGAGUUAGCUGAGUUAUUAGAUGAGGAGAAGCUUAGUGGCGUUCCUGUCCUCAUCUUUGCUAAUAAGCAAGAUCUCCUCACAGCAGCCCCCGCAUCUGAAAUUGCUGAGGGACUAAACCUGCACACCAUUCGUGACAGAGUAUGGCAGAUCCAGCCCUGUUCAGCCCUUACUGGCGAGGGUAUCCAGGAUGGCAUGAACUGGGUCUGUAAAAGUGUGAAUGCAAAAAGGAAGUAGACCUGAAUACUCCCUAUUAAGCUGCUCCAGGAAAAGCAGUGUGUCCCUGUAUAAACAUGUCAUGUAUGUACAGCUUUAAAAAUAAACGAAUUUGGGUUAUUAAGACAUUUAUGUUACAAAAAAAUAUAUAAUUUAUUAUAAUUUA